AUGGCAGAGAUUGGUGACGAGGCUAAAGCAGCAAUUGCGACGAGGACAAUUGCAGAGGAGAAACGCAUUAUUUGCGACUCGUGUGCUAUGGGAUCAGAUAAUUCUGAAGAAGACAGUAGGUCAGGAAGACGGCUGGCUUUUAAUGCAUGUCUGCAAUGCCAGCGGAUUGCCAGCCAAGGUCUAAUAGCAAUUUGCCGUCGACUCGGUACCAAAGCACCAGUGCCAAACAUCGCGGAGUCAUCUCUCCAUUGCUCGAAUGGUUUGAGCUGGCUGCUCAUGCAGAGAGCCGCCACGUCAAACGCGAGAGCACAUCUUGCGCGAUCAUCCACACAUCUACUUGCACGAAGUAUCCCACGAUAUCAUACUCAACGAGAUCUGGGUACGGAGAAGGGGAUAGAGGCACUAACGAAAGUCAUUCAAGAGUCUGACGCUUUCAAGAAGGUCGCCUUACUAGGACAAGCGAGGGAUUUUUUCUCCGAUGAAAAUUCGUCCCCGUUGGGUGACCUUCCAGCUACUACCCUGAGUACUUUGGAUCAGAUGCGCGUCCCUUACUAUAAAGGCAGCUACAUAAUUCAGUCAUUCAACAACUUGAGUGGACAUGGACGAACCAAGCUUGAUGUGCAAUGCGGAACUUGCCCCGAGUUAAACCAACGGGAUCGCAUCAUCGCACUCGUGGUUGGCUAUCAUGAUACCUGGACACGUUGUACGACGGUGCAUUAUAUAACCUACGUUGCUGCGAUGCGUUGAUACCGUGUCAGCUGUUCAUCAGUGAUCAACUAGGAUACCUACAAGAGAUUGUGACGGACUAGUCUGUGAAGAGUAGUGACCACUGUUAUGCAGUUAUUUCUCGGGAUGAUCUUUGGCGACUGACAAGGAAUAUCGCAGAUGUAUUUUAUAAGGAUGAUGAAAUUUGGCACAAUAUUUUUUGAUCGACGCAGACAUGGACAGCGGAUAGAGAUCGAUAGUAAAGUCAAUCGAAAUGUGAUUCAUCUGACACGUAGUAUGGGCCAGUUCUAGAAGCAAAUGAAAUUGUAGCGUCGCAAGGGUCAUUUUCUUGCCAACUUGCCUCAGAGCCAUGGUCAUCGCCAGAGAACAUCCUGAUAUUGUAAACCACACUCUUCGCUCUCUACGUCCACUUCUUCAUCACGAAGCAUGCCUUCGAUGGAGCCAAUCUGCAGUUCAGUUGCAUUCAUCUGUGUUUGGAUCUGCUCGAUUUCAUCGUCGACAAUGUACCUCAUC